AUGAAAACCAAAGCACCAGAGUCAAAUACCUCACGUUUCUACAAAGUCACAACGUCAAAUGAGAGCGCAAAACUUUCUGAUAAAUCUUUCUAUGACUUGUUCACCAUUCUAAGACUAAUCAAAAGAACUGAAGUUGUAAUCUCAAUUUGCUUCAUGAGCAUAACAACACUUUUGGGAAAUUAUAACAUUUACUGA